AUGGCGAACUGGUGGAGUUUUUCGGCUGAGUCAUGGGCUCUAAUUGCGAUCCUCAUCAGCCUCAUCCUACUGUAUGGGUACUGGCCGUACAGUUUCUUUAAGCGUUUGGAAGUUCCUGGUCCUAAACCGGUACCAUUUUUUGGAACCAUGUUAGCGUAUUACAAGGGAAUACGUCAUUUUGAUCUGGAGUGUUUUCAGAAGUACGGCAGGAUUUGGGGUACAUACGACGCAAGACAGCCGGUCCUCUGUAUCAUGGACACAGACAUCAUCAAAACCGUCCUGGUUAAAGAAUGUUACUCUAACUUCACCAACCGCAGAAAUGUCCGUGUCACUGGAAGUCUGGAUGACGCCAUAGUCUUCACUGAGGAUGAGGACUGGAGGAGAAUCAGGAGAAUUCUCUCUCCAUCAUUUGCCAGCAGCAGACAGAAGGAGAUGUUUGGAAUCAUGAAGUCACAUUCUCAUUCGUUGGUUGCAAAUCUGCAGAAGACAUCGGAGCGAGGAGAAUCAGCAGAUAUUAAAGAGUUUCUCGGAGCCUACAGUAUAGAUGUGGUGAUGAGCACAGCGUUUAGUGUCGAUAUCGACUCACUGAACAACCCCAAAGAUCCAUUCGUAACCAACAUCAAGAAAAUGCUGAAGUUUGACCUUUUCUACCCUCUGUUCCUCGCUAUCAGUCUUUUCCCAUUUCUUAUUCCACUUUUGGAGAAAAUGGAUUUUGCCCUUUUCCCAACUGCAGUGACUGAUUUCUUUUACGCCUCGCUGCAAAAGAUCAAGUCUCAGCAUGUGACCAAAGAUCAUAAGAAGCGAAUCGAUUUCAUACAGCUGAUGAUCGAUUCUCAGAAAUCAGAAAAAGACGAUCUAAAUGGCAAAGAGACAAACAAAGGUCUGACGGAUCAUGAGAUCCUGUCCCAGUCCAUGAUCUUCAUCCUUGCUGGUUAUGAGACGAGUAGCAGCACGUUGUCAUUUCUCUUCUACAGUCUGGCCACUAAUCCAGAGACAAUGAAGAAACUACAGGAAGAAAUCGAUCAAACGUUCUCUAAUAAGGUUGAAGUUGAUUAUGAUGCCAUGAUGAACAUGGAUUAUCUGGACGCUGCUCUGAACGAGACACUCAGGAUGUACCCAAUCAUUCCUCGUCUGGAAAGAGUCUGCAAGAAAACUGUUGCGAUAAAUGGCCUUAUCAUUCCAAAGGACACCGUCAUUGUGGUCCCCAUUUAUGCCCUACACAGGGACCCUGAAUACUGGCCUGAACCAGAGACCUUCAACCCUGAGAGGUUCGCUCAGGAGAAUAAGGAGAGCAUUGAGCCGUAUGUGUACAUGCCGUUUGGUUUAGGACCCAGAAACUGCAUCGGGAUGAGGUUUGCCCUUGUGGCCAUGAAGCUGGCUAUUGUUGAGAUACUACGGAGAUUUGACAUCAGUCUUUCUGAAGAAACAAAGGUUCUUUUGGAGCUGAACAACAGUGGACCUCAGGCCCCUACACACCCCAUAAAACUCAAAUUCAUGCCUCGGAAAAUGUAAAACUCCGGCAAUA